AUGGACCGGGCGUCUCCUUGCGACCGUCCGACGAACAGCAACGGAACGUCGUCUCCAUCUGCCUCGGUUGAAACAGAAGUCAAAAGGCGCAUGUGCCGUCUGCGCGCAGCAUCUCCAGCAUCGCCGGUACUCGAACGUCGCACGCGCUUUCGGCCGAUCCUGUCCGCUUCCGAGUGCUCGGGCCUGUCCCAGCUGAUCCUCUAUGACAACCUCCUCUCCGGCCCCAUCCCCUCGGAGCUGGGAAAACUGGCGAACCUCGAGCUCCUCGACCUGGGCGCCAACUUUCUGACGGGAAGCAUCCCUGACAGCAUCGCCAACUGUACUUCCUUGUUUGCUUUAGGUUUCAACGAGAACAAUCUCACCGGCGUGAUUCCUGAACGCAUAGGGAGCUUGGCUGGCCUUGAGAUCUUCGUAACCUUCACCAACAAUCUGGUGGGUUCUCUUCCUCCUUCGUUUGCCAACCUAACGGGCAUCAAAACUCUGGACUUGAGUACCAACCGGUUGUCGGGAGCCAUACCCGCUGCUGUUGGGAAUUUCUCUCGCCUGGUCUACCUCCAGCUCUUUCAGAACCAACUCACCGGUUCCAUCCCGGCGGAACUCGGCAGAUGCACUAACCUGACCCUUCUGAACUUGUAUAGCAAUAGGCUGAGCGGCAGCAUUCCUCGCGAGCUUGGAAAUCUGGCCCGUCUGCAGGCUCUGCGGCUCUAUGACAACCGCCUUUCGUCUGAAAUUCCCCCGUCUCUAUCUCAGUCCCGCUCUCUGAUCUCUCUGGGCCUCUCCGAGAACGACCUAACCGGACCAAUACCAUCAGGGUUUGGGUCCUUGGCCUCUCUCAAGUCUCUAACCCUUCACCAGAAUAAGUUGACGGGGGCGAUCCCUCCGUCACUGAUGAAUUUGACCAACCUUUCAUAUUUGUCUUUGAGUUUGAAUUCCCUCUCAGGCCCCCUCCCUCCCAACCUGGGGUCUCUUUUCAAACUGGAUAAAUUGAUCGUCCACAGCAACUUCUUCGAGGGUGCAAUCCCCUUGAGCGUCGCCAAUUGCUCUCGUCUUACCAAUGUGAGCAUGUCGUACAAUCGACUUACUGGUCGCAUUCCUUUGGGUUUCGGUAGGUUGGAGAACUUGACAUUUCUCUCCCUCGCGGUGAACCGAUUGUCAGGCACCAUCCCUCAAGAGCUCUUCAAUAGCAGCCGACUCUCUACUUUGGACUUGACGUCGAACAAUUUCACAGGGUUUCUUAAUCCAAGUAUUGGCAAGCUCGCCAACUUGAAGAUAUUACUGUUGUCAUACAACGCUUUCUCUGGAACGAUGCCACCAGAGGUUGGCACCCUCAGCUCUCUGUUGAACUUAGAACUGGGUGGGAAUAAUUUUGCAGGCAAAAUUCCUUCGGAGAUAUCGAAGCUGUCACUUCUCCAAGGGCUUUCUCUCAAGGAGAAUUCUCUGAAAGGUCCGAUCCCUGAGCAUGUUUUCAAGCUCAAGCAGCUCAAUCGCCUUGAGUUGCAACUCAACCGGUUUAUUGGUACCAUUCCGGAGUCUGUUUCUAUGCUCAAAAUGCUUUCGCACUUGGAUCUCCAUGGCAACAUGCUCAGCGGUUCUAUACCGAAGUCCAUGGGGAAUAUGGAUGAACUAUUGUCUUUAGAUCUCUCCCACAACCAUCUAAAUGGUUCGAUUCCUGUGUCACUAUUAGGCAGACUGAAGAAUUUGCAGUUGUAUCUCAAUCUAUCAAACAAUGACUUGGUUGGUUCUGUUCCAAAUGAGAUUGGUGCAUUGGAAAUGGUUCAAGCCAUUGAUCUCUCCAACAACAAUCUAUCGGGUAGUAUCCCUUCGUCUAUCAAAGGGUGUAGAAAUCUAUAUGCCCUUGACGUCUCACUAAAUAGACUUUCUGGCCGGUUGCCUGAUAACAUUUUCUCUCGAUUUGACUUACUUGAGAGGUUAAACCUUUCAAACAAUGAGUUCAGUGGGAAGAUCCCCCAAAGUUUGGCUAAUCUUUCGAGCUUAAAACAGCUCGAUCUCUCCUUCAACCGGCUGGAAGGCUCCAUUCCAGAGGAAGGCAUCUUCGAAAAUUUGGAUGAAUCGAACCUGGAAGGAAACCCUGCACUCUGUGGUUCAAAGUCCUUCCCUGCUUGCAAUAACGGAGGCCAUAGGCUUUCUACCAAAGCAAAGACGUUGCUAAUUGCUCUGGUGCUCUCAUUUUUCUUUCUUGUCUCGUUACUGGUGUCUACAUUCGUUAUCCUUUUCCGGUGGCGUUUUAAGAAGAAAAACCAAGAAGAUGAGAAGGUUAUGAUAUCUGCAGCUUCAGCUGUGCCAAGCUUGAAGAAGUUCUCCAGAAAUGAACUGGAGAUUGCUACAGAUUUCUUCAGUGAAGAGAAGGUGAUUGGUGGCAGUAAUUUGAGCACAGUCUAUGAAGGAAGACUCGAAGAUAAUGGGCAGUUGGUGGCUGUGAAAACACUGAACUUGGCUCAAUUUCCUAUUGAGUCGAAUAGAUCUUUCCUCAGAGAGCUAAAAUUUUUGAUCCAGUUAAAGCACAAGAACCUAGUCAAAGUGGUUGGUUAUGCUGCAGAGGCACCAAAGUUAAAAGCACUCAUCCUAGAGUUUAUGCAGAAUGGGAGCCUGGAAAGAGUUAUACACUACCCUGGAAAUGAUUUAUUGAGGUGGACGGUAUAUGAAAGGCUUCGGGUUUGUGUUUCGGUUGCCAAUGCUCUUGUUUAUUUGCACUUUGGCUAUGAUUUCCCCAUCGUUCACUGUGAUCUUAAGCCAUCCAACAUUCUCUUUGAUCAAGACUGGGACGCUCAUGUUAGUGAUUUUGGAACUUCCCUCAUGCUGCGCAUUCAGUCACCUGCAGAUGGGAGCAAGCAAUCCAGUUCUUCGGCUUUCCAGGGAACCAUUGGAUACAUUGCUCCGGAGUUUGCAUACAUGAGGAAGGUAACAACGAAGGUGGACGUCUUCAGCUUUGGUAUCAUCAUGAUGGAGUUCUUCACUAGAAGAAGGCCCACGGGGACUAUUGAAGUAGAUGGCGUGCCUCUCACAUUGCAGUUGUACGUGGAGAAAGCAUUCGAGGGUGGAAUUGAUGGCGUCCGUAGUAUCCUAGAUCAAGAGAUGGAGCUCCCGACUGAAACGGAGGAAGAAAAAGCCAUCGGUGCCUUAGAAUUGGCUUUGUCUUGCACCUGCUUCAAUGUCGAAGAUCGUCCUGAUAUGAAACAGGUUUUAUCUACCUUGUUGAAACUAAACGAGAUAUAGAUACUCAGGUUUCGAUCUCUAUGCCUUGAUCCAUGGACGCCAUCGCCAUCUCAACUGAUUCUCAGGUUGACUUGGACAGGGUCAAUUUCUCUCGAAACUUUGUGGUUGUCCAAUGGAUCGCAGGUGGAAGUUGAUCGGAUAUCAUUUAACACCUGGUGUUUAAUUUCUUAAAUAUUCGCUUAAAUUAAAUUCAAAGACAUGCUUUGACGUUCGUCUUUUAAGUGAAUCGAAUAUGAUCUUCGUGCAUUUAAUUUGUCUGAUUAUCAAAUAUCAGUUGAGUAUGUGUACCGUAUGUGCAUUGCAUAGUUACACAGUACGCGAUACGUAGCCGGUCACGAUACGAGUUCGGGUACACAAUUCGGCACUUAGAAAAUUUGGAUUCGUUAGGGGGUAGCUUGCUUCGGUACGCAAAUUCGGUUGGUACAUAGUAAAUUUUUUUAAAGUGUGCUUAAAGUUUUAUAAAGUAUAUAGUAGAAAACUAGAAAGCUAAUUAUGAAAUUUAAUAUUUUUUCAUAUAAAAUAUUUAAAUACUUCUUUUUGAUGAAUUUUGUUUCUUUGUUCUGUUUUUUUCUUCACAGAGCUCGUUUUAGG